CGAAUUUAAAGAAGAAUUGUGCUAUUUCGCAGUACAAAUGCAGGACAUGUGGUGGUUGAGUAAAUAUUAUUUUGUGAAUCUUUUGUAAAAUUACGAAGUGUUUGAAGUUUCAUUCGCAAACGUGUCACAUGGGUCGGAUAGUAAUUAAAAAGAAAGCCGCAGUAACUACCGAAAUAUUCGAUCAAUGUAAUUUGCACUACUAUAUCGUGUAUAAAAAGAAAAAAAAAAUGGAAUAUAUGUACAUAAAUGAGACGGGAAAAAUGGAUCCUAUCUUUGUGAUCAGUUUGCUUUCUUCUAGAUAACGAAUCUCCACUUUUUGUCAGAUAAAUUCUUCCCCUGUGUACUGUACCGAUUUGAUUUGUGCCGAUUGAAAGCAAAAGGCAAAGAGAAUACAAAGUUUGUAAAUACCUGACGUGAUCGGUGUUAUUUGACGCCCAUUGUAAGAUACGCACGAGCAAGUAUUUUCUCAAAAAUCACGUUUCUCUCUAAAUCACGCGAGUGAGAAUUAAUCGAGAAAAGAAAGAAAAUAUCUGUGAGAAAUUAUGUCACGUUAAAUUACAUGAUAAACAUUCAAGGCCACCGAUCUAUCUAUGCGCCCCACAUAAGUUUAUGUUCACAGAACAUGCACUACAAACCACGAAGAUAGUAUCAAGUCACAUAAAACUGUGCAGAUAUACACAGUGAUUCCGAGAACCAGUGUUCGAGCUAUGACUCUUUUUCCAAGUAAAAAGUUUCGAAAUCAGGUUUUACCUAAUGAUGAAGUUUCUCGUCGUGCGACAAAACAAGAAGCGAACGUUGCAAAGCGAAGCAAAAACUUUAAUGCUAAGGGAUAUAUAGCUCAUAUUGAUUACUUCGAUACACGAUCAAUUAUUCACCUAUGUACCUACACGAUCUUACUUGCCGCUGUAUUACAGCAUUGCAUUUAG